CAACAGUUUGGCUCCCCAAGGAGCGCGCGCUGGAGAUUCCCCGCCACGCCAAGUGGCUGCGCGUAAAGGGGGCGGCGGAGGAAGGAGGGAGCAGGCUGGAGACACCAGACAUCCGGGCCCUUUGCACAUUCCUGAUCUCUCCCACCACCCCUCCUUUCCUAGCCCCUUUGCUGCAGCCGCCACCUCCACAGCCUGGAGAGAGAGAAAGAGAGAGGAAAGGUGGAGGACGCCAGCCAGCCAGCCAGCCAGUCCUUCGAGGCUGCCCAAGUUCGGCGGCAGGUGCUGCCGCGUCCGCCUGCGCCAAGGCGCGCCGAGCCGCCCUGGGUGCCCAGCGGUCGCUGUCACAGCCCGGGGAAGCGGACAGCGGCCGCGGCGACGAGGAGAAGGCGCGCCUCCGCCGCGGCUGCCCAGGAGGAGCCGGGCCGAGAGGAUUCUCCCACCUGCAGGCAGCCUCGCCGCCAG